AUGAAAAACUUCUUUCUUUCUUUGUCUAUUCAUAUCUAUCUAUCUAUCUAUCUAUCUUUUUCCACAUUAUCUAUCUACCUAUCUAUAUUUAUAUUUAUCGAUCUGUCUGUCUAUCUAUCUCUCUAUUUUCUUCAUAUUAUCUAUCUAUCUAUCUAUCUAUCUAUCUAUCGUGGUCUGUUCACAUCUAUCUAUCUAUCUAUCUAUCUAUCUAUCUAUCUAUCUAUCUAUCUAUCUAUCUUUUUCCACAUUAUCUCUCAACCUAUCUAUCUUUCUAUUUAUCGAUCUGUCUGUCUAUCUAUCUCUCUAUUUUCUUCACAUUACCUAUCUUUUUCACACUAUCUAUCUAUCUAUCUAUCUAUCUAUCUAUCUAUCUAUCUAUCUAUUUCACAUUAUCUUUUCAUAUUAUCUAUCUAUCUAUCUUUCUAUCUAUCUAUCUUAGUCUGUUCAUAUCUAUCUAUCUAUCUAUCUAUCUAUCUAUCUAUCUAUCUAUCUAUCUAUCCCAUUAAUAGCAGACUGGGACCAAAAAAUAAAAAAAUAACCGUUCUCUCUUUUCACCUCUAUUUCCACCUUUCUCUUUCCACAUUUCUUUCUUUCCACUUCUCUCUCUUUUCACCACUAUCUCUCUCUUUCCAUCUUUCUUUCCUCCUCUCUCUUUCCACCUCUGCCUUUUUACCUCUCUCUUUCAUCUCUCUCUUUCCACCUUUCUCUUUCCACCUGUCUGUCUUCUCACCUCUCUCUUUCCAGUUCUCUCUUUAUACAUCUCUGUCUUUCCAUCUCUCUAUUUCCACUUCUCUAUUUCUACUUUUCUCUUUCCACCUCUCUUUCCAUUUCUCUGUCUUUCCACAUCUCCAUUUCCACAUCCCCGUCUUUCCAUCUCUCUCUUUCCACUUUUCUCUUUCCGCCUUUCUUUCCCAUUUCUCUGUCUUUCCCUCUCCCUUUUCACCUCCGUCUUUCUAUCUCUCUCUUUCCACUUUUCUCUUUCCGCCUCUCUUUCCAUUUCUCUGUCUUUCCACAUCUCCCUUUCCACAUCGCCGUCUUUCCAUCUCUCUCUUUCCACUUUUCUCUUUCCACCUCUCUUUCCAUUUCUCUGUCUUUCCACAUCUCCAUUUCCACAUCUCCGUCUUUCCAUCUCUCUAUUUCUACUUUUCUCUUUCCACCUCUCUUUCCAUUUCUCUGUCUUUCCACAUCUCCAUUUCCACAUCCCCGUCUUUCCAUCUCUCUCUUUCCACUUUUCUCUUUCCGCCUUUCUUUCCAUUUCUCUGUCUUUCCACAUCUCCCUUUCCACAUCUCCGUCUUUCCAUCUCUCUCUUUCCACUUUUCUCUUUCCGCCUCUCUUUCCAUUUCUCUGUCUUUCCACAUCUCCCUUUCCACAUCUCCGUCUUUCCAUCUCUCUAUUUCUACUUUUCUCUUUCCGCCUCUCUUUCCAUUUCUCUGUCUUUCCACAUCUCCCUUUCCACAUCUCCGUCUUUCCAUCUCUCUCUUUCCACUUUUCUCUUUCCGCCUCUCUUUCCAUUUCUCUGUCUUUCCACCUCUCCCUUUCCACAUCUCCAUCUUUCCAUCUCUCUCUUUCCACUUUUCUCUUUCCGCCUCUCUUUCCAUUUCUCUGUCUUUCCACCUCUCCCUUUCCACAUCUCCGUCUUUCCAUCUCUCUCUUUCCACUUUUCUCUUUCCACCUCUCUUUCCAUUUCUCUGUCUUUCCACAUCUCCAUUUCCACAUCCCCGUCUUUCCAUCUCUCUCUUUCCACUUUUCUCUUUCCACCUCUCUUUCCAUUUCUCUGUCUUUCCACCUCUCCCUUUCCACACCUUCGUCUUUCCAUCUCUCUCUUUCCACAUCUCCGUCUUUCCAUCUCUCUCUUUCCACCUUUCUCUUUCCACCUCUCUUUCCAUUUCUCUGUCUUUCCACCUCUCCCUUUCCACAUCUCCGUCUUUCCAUCUCUCUCUUUCCACUUUUCUCUUUCUGCCUCUCUUUCCAUUUCUCUGUCUUUCCACAUCUCCCUUUCCACAUCUCCGUCUUUCCAUCUCUCUCUUUCCACACCUUCGUCUUUCCAUCUCUCUCUUUGCACUUUUCUCUUUCCACCUCUCUUUCCAUUUCUCUGUCUUUCCACCUCUCCCUUUCCACACCUUCGUCUUUCCAUCUCUCUCUUUCCACAUCUCCGUCUUUCCAUCUCUCUCUUUCCACCUUUCUCUUUCCACCUCUCUUUCCAUUUCUCUGUCUUUCCACCUCUCCCUUUCCACAUCUCCGUCUUUCCAUCUCUCUCUUUCCACUUUUCUUUUUCAAUCUCUCUGUGA